AUGGGCAGCUUCCUGACUAACACAUCAAAUACCAACAACUUCAUGCUAACAGGCUUCCCAGAGCUGGAGCGCCUGGAGCCCUGGCUCACUGCUCUUCUCUUGCUGCUUUAUGUUAUCUCCAUCCUAGGCAACUCCCUGAUUCUCUUCAUCAUAAAGGAAGAGCAGAGCUUGCACCAGCCAAUGUACUACUUCCUGUCAUUUCUGUCUGUCAAUGACCUGGGUGUGUCCUUUUCUACGCUGCCCACAGUGCUGGCUUCCAUGUGCUUCCAUGUCCCGGAGACUGCUUUUGAGGCUUGCUUGGCCCAGAUGUUCUUCAUCCACUUUUUCUCCUGGAUGGAGUCUGGGAUCCUGCUGGCCAUGAGUUUUGACCGCUAUGUGGCCAUCUGUAACCCACUGAAGUAUUCCUCCGUGCUCACGGAGGCCCGUGUGGCCCAUAUGGGCAUAUCCGUCAUCCUCCGCAGCUUUUGCAUGGUCUUCCCACUUCCUUUCCUCCUGAAGAGGCUUCCCUUCUGUAAGGCCAAUGUUCUGACCCAUUCGUACUGCUUGCAUCCAGACCUGAUCCGCCUGCCCUGUGGGGACACCACCCUCAACAGCAUGUACGGGCUGUUCAUUGUCGUCUCUGCCUUUGGCGUAGACUCGGUGCUCAUUCUCCUGUCCUACGUACUCAUCCUGCGCUCCGUGCUGGCCAUCGCCUCCCGGGAGGAGAGGCUUAAGACGCUCCACACGUGUGUGUCCCACAUCUGUGCUGUGCUCAUCUUCUACGUGCCCAUGGUCAGCGUGUCAAUGGUCCACCGGUUUGUGACGCGCGCCCCGGAGUACGUGCACAAGUUCAUGUCUCUCAUCUAUCUCUUUGUGCCUCCGAUGCUCAAUCCAAUCAUCUACUCCAUCAAGACCAAGGAGAUUCGCAGAAGGCUGCACAAGAUGCUGCUGGGCCCUAAGCUCUGA